GGAGGAGGAGGCGGCACGGUGCUGUUUCUCCAGUCUCUUUCCCCUGUCUUUGUCUCACACACUCUUUUGUUAGCCAUGCCUAGCCUGCUGGUUCUAGCAGGGAUCAUGGAGAAAAAUGGGGGCUACGGCGGGGAUCUGGCCGGCUCCGGCUUCGGCGGCGAAGGUCUCCUCGUGGCGCCCGACGAGGAGGAGGACGACUCCCGCGCCCUCAGGGUCGCGCUCGGCCAGUUGUCGCUGCUGGGGCUCGGAGAAGGCGAGGACGGCGGCGGCGGAGCCCCGACAACAGGAGUGCAGGACCGGAGCAACAAUAACAACAACAACCACCACCACAACCACGCCAACAGCGUCGGGGGCGGCGGGGACGCGGCCAUCCUGCAGGGGAAGAGCAAGUUGUGCGCCCUGUACGACAGCUCCUCAGCAGAGACUAAAGGACGAGGCUGCAACAUAACAGAAUGCGUCCCGGUGCCCAGCUCCGAACAUGUGGCCGAGAUAGUGGGGAGGCAAGGUUGCAAAAUAAAAGCUCUGCGAGCCAAGACCAACACCUACAUCAAGACCCCCGUUCGAGGAGAGGAGCCUGUGUUUUUAAUCACCGGCCGGAAGGAAGACGUUGCACUGGCCCGCCGUGAAAUCAUCUCUGCUGCAGAGCACUUCUCCAUGCUCCGCGCCUCCCGCAACAAGCUGGGGGUGUCCUUCAGCGGCUCCCCGCCCACGCCUCUGCCGGGUCAGACCACCAUUCAGGUGAGAGUGCCAUACCGCGUUGUGGGGCUGGUAGUGGGGCCUAAGGGCUCCACCAUUAAGCGCAUCCAGCAGCAGACCUGCACGUACAUCGUGACCCCGAGCCGAGACCGUGACCCCGUCUUCGAGAUCACGGGUUCCCCGAGCAACGCUGAGCGCGCCCGCGAGGAGAUCGAAGCGCACAUCGCCUUCCGAACAGGAGGCCUGCAUGACCACAACAACGAGAACGACUGUCUGGGGCCCAACGGUGGAAGUAGCCCGGCGGGCAGCACCGGCGGUCUGGAGAGCCGGCUACAGCAGGUGUGGGGGCUGCAGGGGGGCCAGCGCAAGCCUCUCACCAGCAGCUACCGCCAGAACUUCUCAGAUGCCAUGGUUGGAGGCGGGAGCGGAGGAGGAGGAGGAGAGGGAGGGGGGAUCUACAACAAGAGCAACUUCUCCAGCUCCGGAGAGAAACCUUGCUCGUAUUUUGGAUCUGAGGGCACCCAGGGCUGGGGGGACCCUGACUACCCCAAACAGGUGUCCUUUUACACCCAGCAGCGCUCCAAAAGCUUCGGUGGCCUCCCGCUGCCCCUGACCAGACUCUCUCCUGGGUUACCGGAGCCCUGCGGAGGCGGGACCCCCAACAACUCAGUCACCAGCAUCGUGUCCGGCUCGCCUCACGCCCAGGCUCGCCGCGCCCACAGCGAGCCCGCCUCGGCCGGGGACGGCUUCCCGGGCCGCCUGCCGGUGCCGGACUCUCCGCCGGCCACCGUGCGGGACUGCAUGACCUGCUUCGAGAGCAAAGUGACGGCUGCCUUGGUGCCCUGUGGCCACAACCUGUUCUGCAUGGAGUGCGCCAUCCGAAUCUGUGAGCUGAACCACCCGGAGUGCCCGGUGUGCCACACCCAGGUCACUCAGGCCAUCCGGAUAUUCUCCUAAAGAACCACGUCCGUUUUAUCCUUAGUUUCCUCAGUGUUUCUUCAAUAAUUAUUUACUGUUCUUAUGAUUACUAUUAUUAUUAUCAUUAUUAUUAUAUACGUUUUUGUUUUUCAGAAAAUUUAAAAACAAUCAAGCAGAUAUUUUAGAAGGCCUGCUUGCUUUACUAAAAAGUAUAAGAAAUAUUUUUAAGUUUUUCUUUUUAUAUAUAUAUGCAUAUAUAUUUUAUAAAAGUUUUGUUUAUAAGAGAAGUAUAGUACCUUGCAUUUUCAGUUUUUUGACUGCUGCUGUUUUUCAUUCAUGAAUCUCAGUGUAGGCAGAGGUAGACAGUAAUGUGAACAUUUUAUUCUUCGAUUAUUUUUUUUUUUUUUUUACCUUAAAGUGGGUUUUACUGAAGGAAACAGAUGAUUGAUGAGGAACCCAAUCUGCACUUGACUGACCUACAAAGUCAAAGUUGUUACUAGAAGGAAUAAAAAAAUAACUUAUUGCACCUUACAAUCAUCUUGGUCUAAAACAGGAUUGUUAAAAUCGUACCUAGAGAAAUUCAAAAGCAGCAGAUGUGAAGUUAAACUCGACGUUUUCAGUUAAACUGUGAUUGUGGGUUCGGAUAAUUGGUCCAAAGUAUUUUGGCUAAAGGAUAAAAGCGUAUGGGUUCGUUCCAGUCAGGAUCCAUACAGAAAGAGAUGAAGCAAAUCUUUAUUUCAUUAAAAAACAGAUUUAAAAGGGAUAGGAUUUUAAUUAUUUAUAGAAACUGCUUGAAUUUUAUGGAUAUUAUUCAGAGAGGAUGAGGGUUGCUGUAAAGGUGGGGAUUCUCCGUCCGCUAGCCGUUGGUGACGCUCUGGUCACUGCAGUGUGUUGAAAAGACUCGGUGAUGCUUUGCUGCUUGUGGCUCUUGAAAAGCAUGUGGCUCCUCGGUUGGCUUAAAGCGCUGAUUUAAUUUGCGAGGCCAAAAAGCCUUGGAAUCCAUCCAGUUGGCCCCUUUUUGAUAUUCCCCAAGGACUUGUCUCAAAGCCACCUUAACCACGCUUUUAUUGUGUCGUGCGGUCGUUUGGCCGCGUCCGGCUAACAAUGGAGGACGAGGCGGGAGCCCCCCUCUCGUGUCCUCGGAGAACCUUAAGAUUGGACGGAAGCUGAAUGAAACGUCUCCUGAAUCAGCAGCAGCAGCAGCAGAUUAAAGGAGCAGAUA